CUGGCAUGCUGUGGUUCAUGGGGUCGCAAAGAGUCGGACACGACUGAGCGACUGAACUGAACUGAGAGGGGAACUGGGUAAAAGUGAUUUCAGCACCUGUGCACCUAGCCCUUCCUUCCCUCUCUGAUUGUGCUCAACGACAGCCCCCAGCUUAACCCCAGGGUCAACACUGGACAUGCCCGAUCUCAUUUAAUUCUUCCUGCAAAUGUGUGAGAAAGCUACUACUGUUGUACCCAUUUUAUAGAUGAGAAGACUGAGGCUUGGGACACUCUCUCAAGGUCAUGCUACAUGGAAAUAGCUUAGCUGGGAUUAGAACCCAGGCCUGGAAGAGUCUGAAGUCCAGGCUCUGCCUCCCCAUUUGUGCCCAGAGUGGGGCCCGUCCGAGGCAGGAGCUCUGACCCUCCGUGUGCCGUGUGUGCCUGCCACGAGAGGCCUCUUCCAGGGGCCCUCGCCUUGUCUCCUGGCAACCAAAAACAAACAAGGUGGGGACCAAUCUUUAUUUGUUCUUCUGCUAACGUGCGCGGAGGGAGAGAUGUAGAAAAGAGAGCUUUUCAGACAUUUCUCUGCAGCCUGGGCGGGAUGUGAGGAGUUCCAGGAAACUCAUCCUUGGUGUCCAGCCCACCCCGUGGCGUGCUGCAGAGGGCAGGGGGCUGACAGCCAGCAGGCCGUCCCUCCCUUGCCCUUCUCCUAGCUAAACAUUGGGCCUGGGAGCCAGAGAAACCUGGUUCAGGUCCAGCUCUUCUCCUUACAAGCUGUGUGACUUGCCCUCUUCAAGCUCCAUUUUCCUCACCUGACAAAUGAGAAUAAAUAAUACCUUUGUCAUCAGGUCGUGUGUCCGUGUGGCACCCCUCAAGGUGUGGGGGAUGCAGGUGUGGACAAGAUAGAGGCCUUCCCUACCCUCCGGUACUCACAGCCUGGGAAUUAACUAAUCCCACGAACAGAUGGUCGGGGAGCGCUUCCCAGAGGAAGCGACAUGAACUGGGAACACAGGCCAAGCCGUGUGGACGGGUACCCGGGGCAGCAUGGCGGAUCCCCGCGAAGGCCCCCACGGGAGCCCCGGGGAGGCGACCGAGUUCCCCGGGGAUGAGAGCGGCCCCCCCGGUGGGGAGGCCUUCCCUCUGUCGUCUCUGGCCAACCUGUUCGAGGGGGAGGAUGGCUCCCCGUCGCUCUCGCCAGCUGAUGGUGGUCGCCCCGCCGGCCCAGGCGACGGGCGCCCAAAUCUGCGCAUGAAGUUCCAGGGCGCCUUCCGCAAGGGGGUGCCCAACCCCAUCGACCUGCUGGAGUCCACCCUGUACGAGUCCUCGGUGGUGCCCGGGCCCAAGAAGGCGCCCAUGGACUCACUCUUUGACUACGGCACGUAUCGUCACCACCCCAGUGACAACAAGCGGUGGAGGAGGAAGGUCAUAGAGACCCAGGUUGGCAGCCCCAUGCCCUGCUACAGCCUGGGUCUGGGGUUGCGGAAGUCCAAAUCAACGCAGUUUGGGCCUCGGGCCGAGCACUCCUCUUCUUGCACGUGUCUUCCCGCAGAGCCGUCCACCGGGAAGACCUGCCUGCCCAAGGCCCUGCUGAAUCUGAGCAACGGCCGCAACGACACCAUCCCCGUGCUUCUGGACAUCGCCGAGCGCACGGGCAACAUGCGGGAAUUCAUCAACUCGCCCUUCCGAGACAUCUACUACCGAGGCCAGACUGCCCUGCACAUCGCCAUCGAACGCCGCUGCAAACACUAUGUGGAGCUGCUGGUGGCCCAAGGAGCCGACGUCCAUGCCCAGGCGCGGGGCCGCUUCUUCCAGCCCAAGGACGAGGGCGGCUACUUCUACUUCGGUGAGCUGCCCCUGUCGCUGGCCGCCUGCACCAACCAGCCCCACAUCGUCAAAUACCUGACGGAGAACCCACACAAGAAGGCGGACAUGCGGCGCCAGGACUCUCGCGGCAACACCGUGCUGCACGCGCUGGUGGCCAUCGCCGACAACACCCGCGAGAACACCAAGUUCGUCACCAAGAUGUACGACCUGCUGCUGCUCAAGUGCGCCCGCCUCUUCCCCGACAGCAACCUGGAGGCCGUGCUCAACAACGACGGCCUCUCGCCGCUCAUGAUGGCCGCCAAGACGGGCAAGAUCGGGAUCUUCCAACACAUCAUCCGUCGGGAGGUGACAGAUGAGGACACCAGGCACCUGUCCCGCAAGUUCAAGGACUGGGCCUACGGGCCGGUGUACUCCUCACUGUACGACCUCUCCUCGCUGGACACGUGCGGGGAGGAGACCUCCGUGCUGGAGAUCCUGGUGUACAACAGCAAGAUCGAGAACCGCCAUGAGAUGCUGGCCGUGGAGCCCAUCAAUGAACUACUGCGGGACAAGUGGCGGAAGUUCGGGGCCGUCUCCUUCUACAUCAACGUGGUCUCCUAUCUGUGCGCCAUGAUCAUCUUUACCCUCACUGCCUACUACCAGCCUCUGGAGGGCACUCCGCCAUACCCUUACCGCACCACGGUGGACUACCUGAGGCUGGCCGGCGAGAUCAUCACGCUCUUCACUGGGAUCCUGUUCUUUUUCACCAACAUCAAAGACUUGUUCAUGAAGAAAUGCCCUGGAGUGAACUCUCUCUUCAUCGACGGCUCCUUCCAGCUGCUCUACUUCAUCUACUCCGUGCUGGUGAUUGUCUCAGCGGCUCUCUACCUGGCGGGGAUCGAGGCGUACCUGGCUGUCAUGGUCUUUGCCUUGGUCCUGGGCUGGAUGAACGCCCUUUACUUCACCCGCGGGCUGAAGCUGACGGGGACCUAUAGCAUCAUGAUCCAGAAGAUCCUCUUCAAAGACCUUUUCCGCUUCCUGCUGGUCUACGUGCUCUUCAUGAUUGGCUACGCGUCAGCCCUGGUCUCACUCCUGAACCCAUGUGCCAACUUGAAGGUGUGCGACAAGGACCACGCCAACUGCACUGUGCCCACCUACCCCUCAUGCCGCGACAGCGAGACCUUCAGCACCUUCCUCCUGGACCUCUUCAAGCUCACCAUCGGCAUGGGCGACCUGGAGAUGCUGAGCAGCACCAAGUACCCCGUGGUCUUCAUCAUCCUGCUGGUCACGUACAUCAUCCUCACGUUCGUGCUGCUCCUUAACAUGCUCAUCGCCCUCAUGGGGGAGACGGUGGGGCAGGUGUCCAAGGAGAGCAAGCACAUCUGGAAGCUGCAGUGGGCCACCACCAUCCUGGACAUCGAGCGCUCCUUCCCCGUGUUCCUGAGGAAGGCCUUCCGCUCCGGCGAGAUGGUAACCGUGGGCAAGAGCUCGGACGGCACUCCAGACCGCAGGUGGUGCUUCAGGGUGGACGAGGUGAACUGGUCUCACUGGAACCAGAACCUGGGCAUCAUUAACGAGGACCCGGGCAAGAACGAGAGCUACCAUUACUACGGCUUCUCACACACCGUGGGCCGCCUUCGGAGGGAUCGCUGGUCCUCGGUGGUGCCCCGCGUGGUGGAACUGAACAAGAAUUCCAACCCUCACGAGGUGGUGGUGCCUCUGGACAACGUGGGGAACCCCAGCUGCGAUGGCCACCAGCAGAGUUACCCCCGCAAGUGGAGGACUGACGACGCCCCGCUCUAGGCCCUGCGAGCAGGAGCAGGGUCCCCUCCGCCGCCCAUUUCCAGUCCAGCUGCAUUUCAGAGGUGCCCCCCACCAGGGUGUGCCCCCCCCCAUACCCUCCUUCGACCCUCAGAGGUGAGGGCU